AUGGGUCACAUCAUAGACGAUUUACUAGAAAAAUACAAAGAAAGGUAUCAGAAAGCCAUAACUCAUGCUUUAACAAAAGAAUUAUGCGAAGGAACUUUGCCCGAUUUCAAGCUCUUCACAUACUUAACACAAGACUUAAAGUUCUUCCAAUUAGGAAUGAACGUCUUUGGUAAGACAUUGGCCUAUUGCGAUAAUACAGACUCGGCCAUUAUUUUAAGCAAACAGAUAGGUUUCAUUGCCAAUGAUGAGAACGAUUACUUUGAUAACUGCUUGACUCAAUUGAAGGAAACCAGUAAACCUGAAUUAGAGCAACAUUGUUGCAAAAUGUUGCUUGGUCCUGAUUCACCUGUAUUACCUCUGGUUGAAAAAUAUCUUCAAUAUUUAAAACAUUUAGCACAUGAAUCCCUGUCAUAUGUUGAGAUUAUUACUUUCAUGUAUUUGAUGGAGCAGGUCUAUCUUGGGUGGGCUGAUUUCCAUAUUCUCAAAGGGAAUGUUCGUGAAGACUUGCCAUACAAGUAUAAAGAGUGGAUUAUUCUUCAUAGUGGAGAUAAAUUUACUUCUUGGGUAGAAUUCUUAAAAAGAGAAGUGAAUAGGGCAGUAGUGUCACAAGAUGAUCGUUCUCUGUGUGAAGAAGCGUUUUUAAUGGCUCUAAACUUGGAAAUUGCAUUUUUCGAUUCGUGUUAUUCGUAUAAAGAGUAG